UGUACUUUGUGCUUAACUUGAUUCUUGAGUCGCGGUUUUCCGCGCCGGAGCCGCGGGCGGUGCCGAAUGUGCGGCGGUGAAGCGCCAGGCCGGUAAACAGCGCCCGGGUGCGGCGAUGGCGGCGGGCGGGCUGGCGGGGCUCCUGCCCGCCCAGACACAGCUCGAGUACGCGCUGCUCGACGCCGACACCGCCCAGGAGAAGGAGAACCUGGUCUACCAGUACCUGAAGAAAAUGGACAGCCGCGAGCGGGACCUGACGGUGCCCGAGCUCGGCGGAGAUCUGCAAUGGUUAAACACUGAAGGUCCUAUUUCUCUUCACAAAGACCUUUGUGGAAAAGUUGUGGUGUUGGAUUUCUUCACUUACUGCUGCAUCAAUUGCCUGCACCUGCUGCCUGACCUCCAUGCCUUAGAGCACCAGUACUCUGAUAAAGACGGUCUUGUUAUUGUUGGUGUCCAUUCAGCGAAAUUCCCAAAUGAAAAAGUCCUGGAUAACAUUAAAAGUGCUGUUCUGAGGUACAAUAUUGUCCACCCUGUAGUAAAUGAUGCAGAUGCAACGCUGUGGCACGAGCUGGAAGUGUCCUGCUGGCCAACCCUGGUCAUUCUUGGGCCUCGUGGGAAUAUGCUGUUCUCUCUUGUUGGAGAGGGACACAGAGAGAAAUUGUUCUUAUUUACUUCUAUAACACUGAAAUUCUACAAGGAAAGAGGACAAAUCAAAGACAACAGCAUUGGAAUAAAGCUGUACAGAGACUCCCUCCCACCUUCUCCUCUGCUGUUUCCUGGCAAAGUGGCUGUAGAUGAUUCAGGAGGGAGGUUGGUCAUAGCAGACACUGGGCACCACAGGAUUUUGGUUACUCGGAAAAAUGGACAAAUUCUGCACACUAUUGGAGGUCCAAACAGUGGAAGGAGAGAUGGAGGAUUUUCAGAGGCAGCUUUCAACUCACCACAAGGAAUUGCUAUAAAAAACAAUGUUAUUUAUGUAGCUGAUACAGAAAAUCACCUAAUUAGAAAGAUUGACCUGGAGUUGCAGGUGGUGACCACUGUAGCAGGCAUUGGGGUACAAGGUGUUGAUAAGGAAGGUGGAGCAAAAGGAGAAGAGCAGCCCAUCAGCUCUCCGUGGGAUGUGACCUUUGGAAGUUCAAUUUCAGGAACGCAGGAAGAUGAUGUGUUAUGGAUAGCAAUGGCAGGCAUUCACCAGAUAUGGGCACUGAUGUUGGAAGGGGGAAAACUACCAAAGGGAAGUGAGUUGAAGAAAGGAGUCUGCCUUCGCUUUGCUGGCAGUGGGAACGAGGAGAACAGGAACAAUGCCUACCCCCACAAGGCAGGCUUUGCCCAGCCCUCGGGGCUCUGCCUGGCCCCAGAGGAGCCCUGGAGCUGCCUGUUCGUGGCCGACAGCGAGAGCAGCACCGUGAGAACGGUCUCGCUCAAGGACGGGGCGGUGAAGCACCUUGUAGGAGGAGAGAGAGACCCAUUGAAUUUGUUUGCUUUUGGUGAUGUGGAUGGAGCAGGCAUAAAUGCAAAGCUGCAGCAUCCCUUGGGAGUAACAUGGGACAAGAAAAGACAGCUGCUUUAUGUGGCAGAUUCCUAUAAUCACAAGAUUAAGGUUGUGGAUCCCAAGAUGAAGAACUGUGCUACCCUGGCAGGCACAGGAGAAGCAGGCAAUGUUGUUGGCUCCAGCUUUACCCAGUCAGCUUUCAAUGAACCUGGAGGUUUGUGUGUGGAACAAAACGGCCGCCUCCUGUAUGUUGCAGACACAAAUAAUCAUCAGAUCAAAGUGCUGGAUUUGGAAACAAAAAUUCUUUCCAUGUUGCCUAUCCUGAAGCCAGAAGCAUGUGAUGUUCCAGAUAACCUGCCUGUGCAAAAGGAUAAGAUAAACCUGCCGAGACUGCCUAAAUCUGCACCAAAUAUUGAACUUCCUUCCCUGACUGUAGCUCCUGGCCAGACAAUUCAGUUUUUAUUAAAGUUGACUCUUCCUCUGGAUUCCAAACUGAAUGAGGAAGCUCCCAGUGCCUGGUUUAUCACAGCAGAAGAUAACACCUGGUUGCUGCAAGGACAGUGUCUGACAGGAGAAAUAAAGGAUGUUUCCUGUCAAACUGUCAUUCCCUUCCAGUUGCCUGGGAGCUGUGUGUCAGCUGAAGCCACCCUGGCCAUCAAAGCGUGCCUCUACUACUGCAGCAAAGGUAGCAGUGCCUGUAUGAUGGCAGGAGUGUCCUUCAGCCAGCCCUUGCAGCUCUCUGGCACUGACCAAGGCAGCUCAGCCCAAGUGGAACUGAUUCACACCUUUGUAACCAACUAACACAAAGCCAGCUGAUUUCACACUUUAUUUUGCUGUCCAUCAUUUCUGUGCGAGAAAGUACAGAUAGAUAACUUGGCUCUGUUUUUUCCUGGGGCUUCUGACAAAGCUAAGAAAUAAUUUGCUUGGUAAAAUGAAGUAGUUUUUCCUACAGCUUAACAGGAAAAUUUAUCAUCACAACCUCAUUUCUUUACAUUACAGUAGCAGCAAUAACUUUGUAACACUGUAGACUCUGUUGCCAAUUGUGAGCACACUGGAUGUCUGCCAGUCUUAAGAAAUGAGCAACAAUUUUUAGAGUCCAUUUGAAAGAGCUGGUGUUACUUUGUGAUGUUACUGUAAGAUCUUUGCACUGUAAAUAGUGCUAGAAUAGAUCAUUUUGGACUAAUACUUCAGAAUUCCUUUUAUGCCCUAAUUGCAUUUUAAUAGAAUGUCAAAAGGAAGAUUCUUUUUCCAGUCUAUCAAAGAAGUAUCGUGCUUAUUCUUCUGUAAUGACACUUGUGACAUGUGUAUUUUGAAAAUACACCUUAAACUAGGUGCAGCUCUAGUUUUAUGCAAACUGAGCAUUUUGCUUUAACUCAACAUCACCGCCUUACAUGAAGAACAAAGGUUCAUGGGGAAUUUUCUGUGCAAGGAAACCUUCAAGCUCCUGCAGAAGAAUUUCAUGCUGAUUUUUAACAAAGAAUGUGCCUCUCUGCAAUGUGCAUAUGUAUAUAAAAUAACCUCCACAAAGCCAUGCUGGAGCUUUUCUGAUACAUACCAAUUUACAUUUUAUAGAAAGGGGUAGGUAAUGGUUGAAUAUCUACACUGCAAAUAUUAAAUGUCAUCCAUUUCAAGCAGAGUGAUUCACUCCCAUUUUUAUGAUUUCUCUGCAAAGACUAUUCUGAAGACUUCUAUGCUGCAGAGAUGUAAUAUUAUGAAGAAUAUUGCACUCUUGAAGUCUGAUUCAGAGUCUUUUGAAGUCACUGUUAUUCCUGGGAUUUGUUAUAGUGGCCACUGAACCAGAAUUGCAUACUUGAUAAUGGAUUAUUUACAUUCAUGUUUAGAGCUUCUGAUCUUUUGCUAGAACACUGGUAACCUAAUCUUUGAGUAAGAUGCUUUAAAACUCUAUUGCAAAACUCUGCCCUUGGUGGUUAAAUGUUUUGCAAAUAAAAUUCCCUCAAUUUGGCAUAAUAAGAAGGGGCAGGGUGAUAGUGGUGGUGUAAGUUUAUUACUUGAACUGGAAGAGUUUCCAUCAUGCUUAAGGGGUAAUUGGAUUAGGCCCUGUGGUCUGUUCAUAAUAAUCAGUUCUGAGAAGAUGAUUUUGUUUUAAGGUGAAAGGUAGUACUGCCACACAUAUUAUAAAGUGCAGUAGUGAAAGAAUUUUUUAUGUAGUCUUUUCUAAAACAAUUACUCCUGACACCUGUCAGUAAAUCCCCACUAUCACUUGUUGUUGCUUUUUCUUGCUUAAAUGCUGACUGAAAUGUUGGUCAUGAACCCAGAGGCUUUUGUUUUAAGGGAGUGGUGUGGUUCUUCCUUCCAUUGAAAUGCCAGUCUGUCUGAGAGUUCUUUGUGGCACCAGAAAUGGUUGUUAUCUCACCUGUCAGCAAAGCAAGGGCUGAAAUGUUAUUAUUCUUAUGUUUGGUUUUUAAGGAACUUUCCUGAUUCACUGUUUCAGCUCCUUUGGGUAGGCCUCUCCAUUCUCACAUGCCAUUUUGAAGAGUGAAAAAGCUUUGCUACUUUGUUCACAGAUGGCAAAUGCUGUUGGAAGGAUGAAGAUAAAGAAACUGAUUUGGGCAUUUAUUAUUUUUUACACUUUAGUAAAACUCAGUCUUUCACUAUUCCUUGUUUGUCUGUUUACCUUUGGAUAGUAGCCAGGAAACCUUCAAUCAGCUUCUAGAUAGCCUGCAGAUUUUCUGCUGCUCUCUGAAAAAAACAAGCAUAAGGUUCAGAAGUUCAGAAUAAUGAACCAAACUGUCACAGUUACCCUGAACAUGGAAUUCAUCAGAUGGAUCUUUGUCCCAUCAUAGUCUCUCACUUUGUCCCAUCACAGAAUGGUUUGGGUUGGAAGGGGACUGAGAGAUCAUCUUGUUCCAGCCCCCUGCCAUGGACAGGGGCACCUUCCACUAGAGCAGGUUCCUCAGAGCUGCACCCAGCCUGAUUGUGAACACUUCCAGGGAUCUGGGCAGCCUGUGCCAGUGUCUGACCACCCUCACAGUAAAGAAUUCCUUCCCAAUAUUCAGUUCAAAUCUGCCUUUUUCAGUUUGAAGUCAUUCCCCAGUCCUAUCCCUACAUGCCCUUGUCAAAAGUCUCUGUCCAGCUCUUGUAGCUCCUUCAGAUACUGGAAGGUGCUAGAAGGUCUCUCCAGUCUUCUCCAGGCUGAACAACCCCAGCUGAAAUUUCCAGCUAGAAUGACAUUAAAUUUUACUAUUUCAUUUAGAUCACUUUAUCAAAUUCUGCAUGUACUCCAAUAUUAUAAAAAAGAAAAUCAAAAAUCUGACACUUUCAAUUAAUGUAUUGUUGUAGGAGAAAGACUGUAUUCUCACUUUAUUGAACUAUAGUGUAUAAUUUCUAAUAGCAAUAUUGUAGUUAUAUUUUCUAUCUAAAUGUUCUCUCCUUGCUCAGUGUUUGUGUUCACUGUGAUUGGCCUUUAAUCCUACAGUCUAACAUAAAGGUUUUUUUGUCCAAGGGAUAAGGAUGCACAUUCCCAGAGUCACUACUUCUGUUUCACUUGUAGUGUUCAGAUAUUCAAAUAUUCUGUGAUUAGAAAGCACAGAUUUUUUUUACAGCUUAUGAUAUUUAGGGAUACUAUUUCCUUUUCUUCCUCCAGGGUUUACAAGCUGCUCUUACAGUUAAUAACAAGUGCCAUAAAUUUCACCAGACAGGCAAAGUGAAUAGCAUAUACAAGCUACAAGAAAUUUAUCUAAGUACCUGAAAGUAUCUUCCAAAUAUGAUGCAGACAAAUAGGAAAUGUUACUAUUCUGUAAAAAAAAAAUCAAAUAUAUUGAUGCUACCUCUUUGUAUGAGAACUAAGUUUUUUGAUGUUCCCUGAUAUAAAAAUUCUAAGCAGAUUGGAAUUGCUCAGCACUCCCAGAUUUGUCUCACAGUAAAAGUUUGUAAAUCAAGGCCUUUUCCAAACAUGACUUUCUACUGGCUUUAACAGGUUUUGCAGCAGACCUUAAGGAAGCAUUAAAAGACUAUAGCAAGUCUCUAAAGGGUAGGGUCAUGGUUGACUUGUAUAAUGGAAACAAGUUCAGUGGCAUUUUCAGUUUUUAGUUGUAGUGUUUGCAUUUCUGGGACAGCUUUUGGUUGUGAAUGUAUGUAUUAAUAGUUCCAUGAGAUGUUUUUAGUAAUUUUAUUCAGUUGCAGUAUAAUAUUUUUUAUUAGACUAGAAAAAAAGAUGAAGUGGUUUCAAAGAGGGAGGAUAAUUUAAUAGCUCUUUCAUGUUGUUUGAAUUCAGUAAUAUCUUUCUGUAGUUUGCUCCCUUCUGUUGAAGGAAGGGUAGGGAUGAUGACUGUGUAAAUCUAUUGAUGGGCACAUAUUUUAUGCAUAUAUUUUUGGUUUAUUUCUUUUUGUGUUAGAUUUUUAACUUUUCUAUUGGAUGCAGUUCUUCACAGUUUGUGUUUGGCCUCUCAUAUCUCCCACCUGUAGAGCAUUAUAGUGUUUGUACAUGCUGUGGUAGUGUGGUACCAAGCAAGAGAAAGUAGUUUUAUAGCAUCAGGGAAAUGCCUUAUAAGCUUAUCCUGAAAAAAGUGCAUAUGGCUUCCAGUAUAUUGUAUAUAUUCUUAAUGCACUGAUUUUAUUUUGGUAGGAAAAUAUUGUAGCUGAAACCAUGACUAAAACUGUUUAGUUGAGAGAGCAUCAAGAAAAAUUUAUUCCUUACCUCUUGCUCAGAGGAGGGAGAGGAUGAAAAUGAAGAGACUUUUCUUAUAAUGUAGGGCUAUGUCCUUUUUCCCCUUUAAUUAUUGACUAUUUAUUUUAGCAAAGCUAGAGGCAUUAUUGACCAUGAAUUGUCUUGAAUUUUAUUCCUAACAAGUUUUUCUAUGUACAUGGAAGCUUUAAUGUCUGACUUUGUAGAGUUAUGAGUGAUGGAUCUUGUUUUAAAUGGUUUUAGUUUAGCAGAAAAUAGCAGAGAUUUAUGUACAUUCUUAAGAUUUGUAACUUUUUAAAAAUCACUGGUAGUAAUUGACUUACCUCAGAGACACACUGAGGCUACACUCUCACAGAAGUGUGAACUCAAAAUUAAGUUUUCUUGUUGUAGAAUGUGUGAGAUGUGCUGUGACACGUUGUGUUCCCCAGGCUGCACUUGUGCUACCUAAGGAGAAUUUUCCACACGCUGCAGCUCAUCAGUCACCCCCAGUAGUUCUCCACUGAAAUCUGCCAGGUCACUUGCUCAUGUAAUCAAUUGAUAUUACUGAUUUAGGCUAGCAAACAUGUAGCACUUAGAAUUUAUCAUUACAUUUUUUAUUGAAUUUGGUUUGUCAGGUAUUAAAGGAGUUCUCUGUCCCAAGCAAACAAAGUAUAGGAAUGGUGAUGAGUAAUUGGAGAUAAUUUUUGAAAAUGUGAGACCUGGGGUUUUUUUAAUUAAAUCACAACAUCUGUUUUUGCAUUCAACAAGAGGUCAUUAAUUUAGAAACAAUAUUCUAAUAUUCUACAAUACUCUAAUAUUUCACAUUCCAUUAUGUUCAUGUAACCAAAUUCAACCAUUGUCUUCCAGUAGAAGCAGCAGAUCUCUAUUUUAUAGUUUUUGUACUCUUAUAGAUAAAGUCACUGCUCUCAUUUAGGAUUAUAAUUCAUUCCUGUUCAGGACUCACCACACCUAUGACUGAGUUUCCAAGUUUAUCUCAGUUUCUUUGUCCCCCCAUUUUGGGGGAUUUGGGUUAGGUUUUUGGGUCUGUCCUUUCCUGCUGUAGUUUCCACAGUGAAGUGCAGCCCAUAUCAUGUUAUGUGGAGGGAUCCAAGUAGGAAGGAUAAUUCCCUCCACCAGCUCCUUGCCCCUGCCCUGCUUCAGGGAUGGGGAUGUAAACAGCAGGUAAUUCUAGAUAGCAUUGGAAUAAGAUGAUGUCCUCAGGUCAGAUUCAUCAAGCUUUGCACUCCUGCAGCUGCUGGCAGAAGUUUUCCCUUUACCUCUGGCCCUGCCCACUGAGGUGCUGCAGUUGUUUGCAGCUGUCCCAGAGCAUCCCAUCAAACUUGAGUAGCCUGUGCAGGGAUUCUGAUGGCUCUUGCUUUCAGGAAACUUUGAUUAAAUAGAGAUUACAUAUUUUAGUUUAAAUAUUUUAGCUCUUAAAUAAUUUGCUGUCAUGUUGCAGGUUAUUUAAUUAUUGUCAGGUAAUGCACUCCUGCUGCAGAUGAGAAGCUGGAAGCUUGGGUGUGAGUUGAGGAAUGUUUGUGUAGCUAUAAUUAAAUAUUGCUUAGUUUACCUCUUUGGUGGUCCUUUGCUUUCAAGCAUACCAGGGAACUCUGUCCAAUUGCAGGCUCUAGGGCUAAGCAAAAGAAUUGCAAGUAUUUUUAAGUCUUGCCCAGUUCCUUUGAAACAUUGACAAUUUUGAGCUAAAGAAAUCCUAUUUGAAGAAAACCUGUUCAUACAUCUGCCUUAACUUAAUGCUCUGUACUCAACAUGCCUCAGAAGACAGAUAUUCCACACUGUAUUCUUUCCCAUUUUGACUAAGGAUUGAGAAAUUCAACCCAUCUGGCCAUUGUCAAACUUCAUAGAAAGCAAAACAGCAAUUCCCAAUUUGAUUUUACAUCCAUCUAAAGAAAAAAAAAAAAGAGCCUAUUUUCCAAGCUUUUGAUUAAACUGAAAUACUGGGUUUGAACCAUAUGUUCAAGGAAUCUGUCCUGAGAGUUGCUUGAAUCAUAUUUCUAAAUCUGGGUUCCAGAUUUUAAAAAUUAAUUGAUAGUAAAGUGGAGAAACAAAUGGCUAAAUGUUUUAUCUAUUGAAUACUUAACUUCAUAAGUCUCCAAUUUCACUUUUAAAAUAGAAUUAGAACAACUAAAAUGUUCUCCUCUCUGCCAUUAUCAUUAAUUUACCAUUAAUCAUUGUAUCGUUAAAACCUGUGAUGAAUCUAUGUGAUUUUGUAAGAAAAUCAAUACAGGAAAAGAAGGUGGUUGUAAAACAGUGACUGGGUGAAAUCCAGGUGCUCUAAGGUUAGUGGCAAACACCUUUAGGGCCAGGAGUUGGCCCAAUGUGACAGAAAUUCUGUGUUUUUAUUACAUCUUGAUGGCUGAAGGAAAAAAUCAGUGCCUUUUGUAACAAUACUUGAAAGUGUUUCUUUACAGAAAUACUGGAGUACUGAUUGAAAUAAGCUAUUUGACCUUCAUGGUUUGCAAGCUUCAGAGGGAUUUAAUUCUACUAAUUCUGAAACUGUGAAGAAUUUUCCUUCUCCAUCAUGUUACUGAAUUAAUUUGAAAUUAAGGUGCUUAUUUGUCAAACUCCUUACAAAAUACUUCAAAACAAGUUUGUUUCUCCAUCUUGUGAGCUUAGUUCUGAAAUUAUUGUUACACACUUUUGUACACUCCAGAUCAAAAAUGGCAGGGGAACUUCAAACAGCUUGCUGAAAUUGUGAUUUGAGUGAGAUGGAAGGCAAAACAUGCACUGACAAAUGGGCAAAGGUGACAAUUCUUGGUAUUUGAGGGAUGGAGAGUUGCUCUUUGUUUUGGAGUUGUUCUCAUCUCUUCUUCAGAUCAGCAAAGAUACUUGACACAGCAGAGGGCUGUGUGUAGGGGCAGUGCAGAAGGGUCUGUGAAAACAUGGAACUUCAUUUAGGUUCUGCUGCUGGGUUACCUAAAAAUCCCAGCAGUAUAAUGCUGGUGAGGGAAGUCACAUUUGAGCACUUAACACCUUAAUAAAUGUCUCCAGGUGGUUUAAGGGGAAAGCCAGGAAUUGUAUUUUCUUCCUUGAGAAUUUCAGUGUUGCUUUGUAGGCAUUGGAAAAUUUUGUCUGUUCUCUGAGAUACUAAACCUUUGUUUCUCCAUUACAUUUGAUGCAAAGCCUUUCACAUAUCUGAAUAUUUUAAAAAUGUGGUUUACAUUUGUUGUUAUAAAAUAUGAGAAGAACUAAAAUGAAAACACUUCAUCUACAGCUGAUCUAGGUCAUGUAAAUUCUUCACUGAUGGUGUUGCCUAACUGUUCUUAACAAUAUUCAUAGAUGAUGGUCCUUUUUAAAUAAAGGGUAAAUAUCCUGUAAUAUUAUGAGAACAAAUAAAUACACUGUAGAAGAAAUGUCGGCCUUGGCUAUCAAACCAACAGAUAAACAGUGAUUAAAGAAUGUAUGCUUUCUCCUGUGCAGCCUCUUUCUCCUUUUAAA